AUGCAUUCAGCAAUCCUCCUCCCAUUGCUGGGCUUUGCGGCCCUGGCGUUGUACAAGGUAGUGACUAUCGUGGUAACUUCCAUCGAGAAUAGCUCGAAAGCACGACAACUCGGCUGCAAAGAUGCUCCAGCAUACCCCAACUGCGGCUUCUUUGGUCUACGACAUGUCAAGGAGCUUCAAGCAGCCGACGCCAAACAGCAGUUCCUGGAGUUCCUCCAGGAAAGGCAAAAGAACAUGAGCAGGCUGCAUGGAAGGGAGUGCACGACAUUCUCGUUCAAUGUCCUGGGCACCAAAGUCUACUUUACAUCUGACCCCAAGAACAUUCAAGCUAUCCUUGCUACACAAUUCGCCGACUACGAUCUUGGCUCAACCCGACACGCGAUCAUGAGCCAGACUCUCGGUGAUGGCAUCUUCGUCCAGGAUGGUGAGAAGUGGAGCCAUUCUCGAGCUAUGCUUCGACCCAACUUCGUCCGUGAGCAGAUUUCGGACCUUGAUAUGGAAGAACGACAUGUUCAAAGUCUUAUCAACGUCAUGCCUGUACAGAAUGACGGCUGGACCAACUUCACGGACAUCCAGACACUAUUCUUCCGUCUCACCAUCGAUGCUGCCACGGAAUUCCUCUUCGGCCAGAGUGUGGACAGCCAGCUCGCGGAAGCUUCGAACGCAGAACCCAACAAGUCUGAUUCCCAGAAACAGGACGAGCGUGCUUUCUCCAAGAACUUCGAUCAAGCACAAGCCACUAUGGCCAAGAAGUUCAGACUCGCCGAUAUGCAUUGGCUGCACAGUCCCAAAGAGUACAAGGUCAACAACAAAAUAGUCAACGACUUCGUCAGACACUACGUCGACAUCGCACUUGCCAAGGGAACGUCCGAGAAGAAAGCUGAAGAGGGUCAUGCUGGGAAGGAGAAGUAUGUCUUCCUCGAGGCCAUCGCACAGCAGACUCGCGACCCAGACGAGAUUCGUGCCCAGCUUUUGAACAUCCUCCUCGCCGGCCGUGACACUACUGCUUCUCUGCUGUCCUGGUGCUUCCACCAGCUGCUUCGUCACCCAGAAGUCUUUGACAAGCUCCGGACCACGGUCGUGGAAACAUUCGGCACAUAUGAUAAUCCUCAGGACAUCUCCUUCGCCACCUUGAAGGGAUGUCAAUACCUCCAGUACGUGCUGAACGAGACGCUUCGACUCUGGACUGUGGUGCCUGGAAACAGUCGAAGAAGCAACAAGCCCACCACACUUCCUCGUGGUGGUGGCCCAGACGGCAAUUCGCCCGUCUUCAUCCCGGCUGACACCGGUGUUGACUACUCAAUCCACAUCAUGCACCGCCGCAAGGACCUCUGGGGCGAAGAUGCCGACGAGUUCAAGCCUGAGCGAUUCGUUGGAAGGAGGGCGGGCUGGGAGUUCUUGCCGUUCAACGGAGGUCCAAGAAUCUGCAUCGGACAGCAGUUUGCUCUUACUGAGUCCAGCUAUGUUAUGGUCAGGUUGUUGCAGAAGUACGACAAGCUCGAGGCUGCGCCAGGUCAACUUGAUGGCCCGGUGAGAAGCAACCUCACACUGACGAGUUGUCCUGCAAACCCAGUCACGUUGAAGCUGCGGGAAGCGAAGAACUAA